AUGCCCAACCCAUCUGAAGUCAAACCGCCCAACAGCCUCACGAAACCCUCCACCAUGAAUGCCCUAAUUGUGACCGACAUAGGCAAGCCCGUCACACUGACAAAGUCUCGGGACAUUCCCACGCCAGGCCCAUCACAAGUCCAGAUCCAAGUAACCGUUGCCGGAGUGAACCCGCACGACCAGAAAUGUCGCGACGGGGGCUUCUUGAUCGCCGACAAACUACCUGCGGUAUUGGCCAUGGACGUGGUCGGCCGCGUCACGACGGUCGCUGAUGGCGUCACCAAGUACUCUGUCGGCGACCGCGUUGUCGCCCAAUCGAGCCUGGAAGCAGGAAACCCGCAGAACGGCCUGCAGCAGUACGCGGUGGUAGACGUGGAUCUGAGCGCCAGGAUCCCGGAUUCGGUGUCGGACGACGGCGCGGCGACUUUGCCGAGCAAUAUCAUCGCGCCGCUGGUCGCGUUGUUCAGCGCCGAUACUCUCGGGUUCCCUGCGCCGUGGACCAGCGCCGCCGCUGGGUUUGACUUUGCCGGGCAGACUCUCUUGGUCAUUGGCGGCGGCACGAGCUGUGGUAAGCUCGGUGUGCAGCUGGCGAAGUUGGCGGGUAUUGGACGGAUUGUCGUCGUUGGCGGAGACAAGGCAUUGCUGGCGUCAUAUGGUGCGACUCAUGUUGUGUCCCGGCACGGCGGCGAAGAGAAGGUCCUUGCCAGCAUCCGCGACGUCGUGGGUGAUGACCUCAUCUAUGCGUACGAUGCAUACAAUGUAGCGCCGAAUCAGCAUUUGGCGCUGAAUGCAUUGUCGAACACGAAGCGUGGUGUCCUGGCUCGUCUUCUGACUACGGGCGACCCCGACGCAGACAAGAUUCAUUCCAAGGCGCAGGGAUAUGAAGUCAGGAACGUCUAUGGGAGUUCACAUAUGUACAGGGAGCUUGCGGAGGCCUUUUGGACUCGUCUCCCAGAGUAUCUCGCGGAUGGACGGAUCAAGCCGUUGACAAGUUUUGAGGUUUUCGAACCGGGACUUGAUGCAGACAAGGUGAAUUAUGUUUUGGAUAGGUAUCGAGAUGGAGAGACGGUCGUGAAACCCCAUUUCCAUAUCUCCGUUGUUUGA